AUAAAAAAUAAAUUCAUUAUGAACACUUUACACAAACUGCAUUAAUCACAAGCCAUUUUGUAUUGAAAGGUUGAUUCAGAAUAGAAAAUAUCAAGCUUUUCCAUUCACAAUGGCAUCAUACAAGCUGAUUUACUUCCCUGAUCGAUUCCGGACCGAGAUAUGCCGUCUACUCUUCGUACUCGCCGACGUCGAAUUCGAUGAUCACCGCGUCGGCUACGAGGAAUGGUCGACGAAGUUGAAGAAAAGUUUGAAUACACCUACUGGAGAUUUACCGAUCUUAGAGAUUGAACACAAAGAAGGAAAGACGAUUAUGCUUCAGAGUCGAGCCAUUCAAAGAUACCUGGCCAAAGAAUUCGGUCUGUAUGGAUGUUCAAACGAUGAGGCCGUGAUCAUCGACGUCGUAACGGAGUGCUGGGAUGAAUUCCUCGAUGCGGCAGCCAAGAUCAUGUUUGAAGAAGAGCUAACGAAAAAGGAAUCACUGAGGCAAGCGUUUUUACAGGGAACUGGUCCACGUUUACUAAGCUAUCUAGAAAACUUGUUCAAAAACAACAAUGAAUAUUUACUGGGUCAGAAUCCAUCGUUGGGUGAUGUGGCGACCUUCAACUGCAUCGAUGUGGUCAAAGAUUGGGUUGGCGAUGGACUCUUCUCGUCUUAUCCAAAACUAUUAGCUAUAAGAGACAAAAUAAGCAAGAUAGAAAACGUAGCCGCCUAUCUUGCAGCAAGACCAAAGUGUUUGUUUUAGACUAGUAGAGUACAUAACCACUGGCGGAUCUAGGGAGGGGGUGUGCCCCCUUUUUAAAGAGGCAUAAUCAAAAUGUGUAAUGUAAAUAUGCUGUUAAUCACAAGUGUGCCCCCCCCCCUUUGAAAGCGAGGACUUUUUUUUUUUUGGGGGGGGGGGGGGCUUGUCAAAGUUUCCUCGGGAAAAUGUGCCCCCUCCCGUUGGAAAAUCCUGGAUCCGCCCCUGUGCAUAACAAUGAUGUCCAAAUAUGUAUUUUUGAGAAGUUGCUUUGUCAGUUUUGGUUUACUUAUACGGACUCAGUCGUGUAGUAAAAUUGUUAUAUUUUUGUUCUUUUACAAUUAUUAGUGAGAUAAGACAUCAAGUAUCAGGUAAAGAAGAGUAUAAAUACUGGUACUUUGACCUGAUCGAGGGCCGUUUCAUGAAGUUUUUCGUAAGUUUAAGAACGACAAGUGAUCCUUUCUUGUGAUAAAUGAUAUUCACCAUUACAUGUUCAUUUUGGUGAUGAUAUAGCGCGCAAGAAACUUACGAACAGCUUUAUGAAACACCCACCCGUAAUGGAUUGAAUUGAUAUAAACUACACAAAAAACAUUAACGGUUUCAUCGAAAUGGAUAAAAAUUAAUAGGGGGGGGGGUCAGAGUAAGUGUUCCACAUAAGCACAUUUGAUGGAUUUUUAAAAUGAAAAUGCAAGUUAAUUAAAAGUGGUAAGUUAUAACCCAUUAAAUACCUUGCAUGUGACACAUGAUUCGAUUUGAAAUUAAUACGGGAAUAUAAUCAUCACUAAUUUAACACUUCUCACAAAUGAACUAACCCCAUGGCCCACUUACCCUUAACGUCCCCUAGUUAUGGCAUUUUAAAAUUUUGAAUAAUUUAGGUAAAACACAUACCCGUCCAGAGGCAUUACAUUUGGUUUUCAUUGACAUAAAAUACGAUCGAACAGAAUCGCGAACAAUUGUCUCCUCGAGAAUUUGACAAGUCUCUCUCAACCCUUUCAAAAAAGUUAUCAAGUCCUAAAAUUGUUCUGACGAGGCAAAGUUGAAAAAUUCCAUAUAGGCAUGAUCAUUGUUUUAACCUAAUUCGGAGGUAAUUGUUAACGUUUUACUCUCUUUAGUUUUACCUUUUUUGUUAAAUAAUUAAACAUGUUCAGUUUCAGGCUUAAACACCAAAAGGCUAAUCUUCACUAUUUUCCUUUAAUUUCAGGAGAAUUAUUUUUUUUCUGUCUUGGUGGUUCAGAUAUUCAUAAAACGCACAAAGGAAAAAAGUAAUAUAUUUCUCAGACAUUUGAGGUCAAUGAUUUUUUCUUGAACAUAUUGAAUUGUUUGUCAUGGUGUAUAUGAGUUAGCACUAUAAUAAUAUCAGGACCCCGUCUCACAAAGAAUUACGAUUGAUCCGAUCAAUCACAACUAUGGAAAGCCAGCAACGUCAACACCUAAUAUGUAUGUUUGUUUACGAUAUGCUAUAUAUUCAUACAUUCAUUGUAAUUGUUUUCUUGAAAUUUCAAUGUGCUUCUCUUUACAAAGGACAUUGUGUAAACUUCCUGUUUAAAGAUUAUGACAUUUAUGGAUUUCCAUACAGUUGAGAUUAAUCGGAUCAAUCAUAACUCUUUGAAAGACGGGGCCCAGGUGGUAUUUUAUUGCUCAAGAAAAAAAACCUGACGGCUCCCCCCAAAAAAUAAGAGGUCGUCAUUAAGAAAUGAAGGAUGCUUUUGACUCUUUUUCUUUGGCAUGUUUGGGGUAUGGGGCCUGCACCUUGUACCACCACACCCCCCCACCUGGCAGGGGCCUGUUUCAUAAAGAGUUGCAACUGUUGUAACUUUAACAUUAUGGCAACUACCAUGGCAACAGGGCUCAGCAGCCAAUCAAAAGCAAGGUUUCCAUGGUAGUAGCCAUAAUGGCAAAUUUACAACAGUUGCCACUCUUUAUGAAAUGGGCCCCUGGACUUUUCAAAGACUUAAAUUCACACCUUCAACUAAAGAGUGAUCUAAAGUAGAUAUCAAAGUAGAUAUCCUAGUCGUUUGUAAAGCCAUGUGUUACUUGAUGAGCAAGCCUUACGAAACAAUGACUGACGAAACAACAUAAACAAGCCCAAAGUACAAGAUAAAAAUAAGAGAAUUCCACAUUUAUUUUAAAAAAAAAUGUACUCUCAUCAUUCCCUGUUGGAAAAAUAUACCACGGCUACACUGUUCAUAACAAAAGCACACAGGAACAUAUAUACAAUUCUUCUUAAAAACGCAUUCAAAGCGUGAUGAAAUAUUGCAUAUCGAGUACGAAUACACUUCAAAAGUAGACUUGCACAGCUAAAGGCUAGGAUUACAGCAAUUUCGAUAUGAACUGUUUUUGGUUUUGAGUGCAAACACUGCAAAUGUAACAUUUAAUCGAUAGCCAUGUAAAUAGGAUGGAUGGCCUGUAUAAUUUUGACUAGAAUUGUAUUUAACGGUAGCUGGUAGAUAAUGCGGAUAUUAUAGAUAAUAAAAGUCUUGAUUAAAACGUGACUAGUCUAUAGGAAUGGAUUUCAUUUACAAGGUUAAAAAUGGAAUAUAUUACAAUCAUCAUUUACAAUGUACAUGUCUUGUUCUAAUCAUCAUUUACAAGAAAGCUUUAACAUAUCGAAUGAAGAAUGGAUUGCAAUGCAAGUGUAUACACAUGAAAAACAUUUGUAAUAUUUGCAAAUGUG